AGCUAACAGUCUUUCAUAAGUGACGACCCGACAUCUCGUCCAAAAACAUGUCCUCUACAACAGGAGCAACUGCUUCUCCUUCCACCGAUGCUGCACACGCGACACCACCAGAAAGCUCUACUGCAAACGCCAAGCGCAGCAAACCGAAACGAUGGAACCAACGUUCAUCUCGAGCACCACAUCAAGGAGAGAUGAAGGACGGGGCUCAAGAAGGUGCGCUGGUUGUGUUGGAGCAGGAAAUGAAGCAGAAGGAAAAGCUGGUGGAGCAGGUGGGUGGAUCAUCAUCCUCUUCAUCUGCUAAUCGAGGAGCAACGACUCGGCAUCCAGAUCGGAAACCUCGACUCUUACCCGACUACAGCAGGAUGGACAUCGAGGCGGCUAAUUUCUUCGAGCCGAUUGUAGAGGGAAUGGUGCUGAAAGGGAAAAAUAUUGUGAUCGGCGAUCAUGAUGAUACUACAACUGCGCCCGCGCCGUCUCCUGUGGCCGCAUACAAAGUGAUCCGUAAGGUAGGUCGUGGAAGCUUCGGUGUCGUCGCGCUGUGUCAGAAAAUGAACCAGGAAGAGACCGAAAGACGAGAUUUUUAUGAAGCCAAAAUCUGUUAUCAUUAUCGUACUUUUCUACUUAAGAAACUUGAUAAUGAUAACAGAUUUUCGUUUCAUAGAGAUAUUACUGACGAUGCUACAUGUACAUCAGCUUCUGGUCCCGUAGCCUUGAAGAUCAUGCGUCCUUUGCAGAAGUACAAUCAGUACGUCAACGACGCUCGCAUCGAAGCUGAGAAUUUGCGAAUGAUCUCUGAACUGGAAGAUAUGACCAAGACAGAACGGGAGCAUUACGUUGUGCGGCUAUUUGAGACAUUCGAGUUUUAUUCAGAAUCUGCGGAUAGGGAUAGCAACAACAUGAUCAAGGGACCACUUUCCUAUCUCGCUCUAGCCUGCGAACCUUUAGAUUGCACUUUGCAUGAGUUCGUUUUUGAGAAAAACCGUGGUCGUGGCAUGUUCUUAGAGGAUAUCAGGCAGUACGCUCGCCAGCUGUUGCAGACAGCAGGAUACUUACAUGAUCGAUUGGGUGCCUGUCAUACAGACUUCAAGCACAAGAACAUCAUGUUGGCGUAUCCUGGACUUGAACAAGGUGCUCUUAGGAGUGAAAGUGCGAAGAAUGCCAUCAAUGCCUUUUCGCCGGCUUCAAGAAUACCAGAACGACCACGAGGACAGGUCACAACUGCUGAAAAAGCCAAGCAACUUCCGAGAAGAAACGACCAAGAAGGGCUGCCCGACCUAUUUCUAAAAGACGGGCACAAAGACAAACGCUCUGCUCUACGAACACACCUCUAUGAGGAAAUCCCCGACAUCCAAAAAUGGCCAGUGCAAGUGCAACGAAGUAAAGCCAUGACGUCGAACGAGUUGAAAAAGCAUCCUUAUCUACGACCACGUGCCACAGAGAUCCGCGUUAUGGAUUUCGGCAACAUGGCUUAUGAAGAGGAGUAUGGACACGUUCGGCCGAUUAAUACGAGACAAUUUCGAGCACCGGAGAUUCUACUGGAUACCAAAAAAGGUUGGAACGAAAAAAGUGACAUCUGGUGCCUUGCUUGCGUAUUUUUGUUUUUGUAUAGCGGAAGGAUGUGGUUUAAUUCGCAUGAUGACGUGGAGCAGAUGGGGUUGAUGGAAGCCGCAUUAUCGGAUGACGGAACUACGAGUGGAACUAGUACAGCUGGUAGUUUAUUUGCUUCAGCCUUUAGCUCGGGUGAAUGUCGGAAGGGGAACUUGUUAGCAAAGGUUCAGCCUAUAGAGCAUGAAGUUGUUUCAGGAGGUACUAGCAACAGUCUCAGUCAUACCAAAGGAAAAGGCAAGGGGAAGAAAGGUGGAGGCAAAAAUAGGCCCCCAGAAGUCUUUCGGCUAAAAGAAGAUAUUCUGGAUGUUGAGUUUCGAAGUUUUUUACGCUUUUUGCUCACACUACAUCCAGAUAGAAGACCGUCCGCUGCAGCGACAUUAGAACAUCCGUUUUUGAGAACAGAUAGGAAGGCCUGAUGUCUGCUUGUUUUUCGCGAUUUUUUUUUUCAGAACAACGAACAUCGUUCUUUGUACUUACAACUAU